AUGAGCCCCCCAACCAUCGCCAUCGCCGGCUUCACGGGCAAAAUGGCCCGCCUCAUCACCGCCUCCCUCCUCUCCACCCACCCGCACGCCCUUAUCCACGGCAUCGCCCGCUCCCCCGAGAAAGUCCCCGCCGCCAUCAAAACCCACAAAAACGUCACCACCUUCGCCGCCUCCGCCACCGACCCCGCCGCCCUCCGCACCGCCCUCCGCGGCGCCUCCGUCUGCAUCUGCUGCUACCUCGGCGACGCCGCCCUCAUGCUCGACGGCCAGAAGCAGCUCAUCGACGCGUGCAUCGCGGAGCGCGUGCCGCGUUACAUCGCGUCGGACUGGUCGCUGGACUUCCGCCCGCUGGCGCUCGGCGAGCACCCGGCGAAGGACCCGAUGAAGCACGUGCAGGCGUACCUCGAAGAGAAGGAGCGGGAGGGGAAGAUCAAGGGCGUGCAUGUGCUGAAUGGGGCGUUUAUGGAGGUUGUUUGGGCGCGCUUCACAGGGUUUGUGGAUGUGGAGCGGGACGCGUUUUUUGCGUGGGGCACGGGGGAUGAGAAGAUCGAGGUGGCGGCGAUGGGGGAUGUGGCGGCGUGGACGGCGGGGGUGGCGGUGGAUGGGGGGGCGAGUGGGUUUUUGAAUUUUUUGGGGGAUAGGAAGUCGGUGAAAGAGUUGGCGAAGCUGUAUGAGGAUGUCUAUGGCGUGACGCCUACGAUUGAGAAUAAGGGCACGCUUGAGGAGCUUGAGGUUGCUAAAAAGGCGGCGUUCGAGGCAGAUCCGGGCAAUUAUAAUGUGUGGAGGGGGUUGUUUUAUCAGCUUGUUAUGCUCAGUGGUAAGACUAACUUGGGUCCGUUGGAUAAUAAGCGCUAUCCGAUGGUUGAGCCGAAGAAUGUGGAGGCUUUCUUAAAAGAGCAUACAAAAGAGUCGGUCGGGAAGAGCAUCUUCUUCUUCUGAGUAUAUAAAGUUUCUGGACGCAACGGCCUCGUGCAUUUGUACUAUGGAUUGCUUCUUUAAAUCC